GGCCAGCCAUGGGUGUUUUAUUCCAGGGUAGACAUACGCACUGUAUCUUGAUCUCUAUAUCCAGAGACUGCUGAUAGGGACGGCCUUGGGGAAAAUGGUGCGCUGGACGAACUUGUAUUUUGGUGCUCCUGGCCCCUCUGCCUCCCCGAGUUCCCCCCAUCGCUCCUAUCGUCUGCUGUCUCCCUGGGCUCCCAACCCAUUGUCCCCAGGUCCCACUGCCUUCUCCCCCCGCCCCCCAUUGACCUGAGUUCCCUUCCAUGUCUUUGCAUCCCAGGCCUGCCCUGUUCCUUGCCUCUUGACCACAUUGCCCUGGGUGGUCACCCACAGCGCCCACCGGUAAGGUCUCGGCUCUGAAAUGUGCUUCCUCCACUGGCCCAAGUCUGCUGCUCUUCAGGGCCCAUUCUUUUUCUCAGGCUCUCACGUGUGUGCGGAAGAGGUGAUUGUGGGGUGAGUCUCUCGAUAUUGAAGCUGGUCAAUAAUCUUAUGUAUGGUGCCUGGGCACAUAUAGUAGGCAUGUUGGGUACAUUAAUACGUAAAAUACCUGGUUGCCCAGGCAACAUGCUGAGUCUGGAUCCCAGAUGUGAGCUCAAACCACUUGACCUUGCCUUUCUCAGAAGCAUCUGACUUGGUCUGAAGGGGAUGCUGAUGUGUUUUGAGGUCUAAAGAUGGGCUCUAGAACGGUGUGAAAUUGGUGAGGGAAUGGCCUAUGAACUCUGAAGCCUCCUUUCCUGCCUCUCCAAUAGCAGUGAAACAAUGACUGUUUCCCUGACCUGUUCUAUCAUGGAUGGUGCUACUGCAAAUAUAUGGAAGUGAAUAAACAAAGGGUACUGAGGCUGAAUUCAUCUUAAUGGGAAAUGCACAGGGAGGGGAAAAAAUAACUUUGCCACAUGUAUUAAAGAUUAAAUUAGUAGAGAGAAAAUGUUAUUUUAAGUUUCUGAGGAGAACUGCAAACCGAACAAAUGUCCAGUUGGACAACAUCCUCCAUAAGCUAGAGGCCACUGAAAGCUCGUUAAAUCUAAUUAAAAAGAAGCAUGGCUAAAUUAUCCAGGGCAGUAACUGGAGAAUUAGCAGGAGGAAGGAAAAAUCAGGCAAGGUCUGAGUCAGAAACCACUGGUCUCGCCAUUAAUUCUUUAAUCAUUGCUGUGUUGGGCUUGUCUCAACCCCCCCUUCUCUCCAGAGGAAUGCUGGGGUAAUGUUCAGGAUGGAAGGGUUUUACCCCUUCAUUGCCCCUGGAACAUGCAGUCCUGAGGAGGACACUUAGUGGUGGAACAUCCUGUCCUGACCUACCAGGUAAUGCAGCCCAAGCUCGAACAGCUUGUUCCCUGGCAUGUUGUGCCAUGCCAAAAAGGUUAUUGUGAUAACCUCUAAGAAUUUCUGAGCUGGUCGUGGAAUCGGACCUAGUACAGAGGUUAUGGAGUGGGUCCGUGUCCAGUGCGAUACUAGGCGCCCAAGUGCAGCUGAUCUAUGGUAUCAUAAAUGGCACAAUCAAAUUCAUGUUGUUGGAAAGGGCGAAGAGAGAAACUCCUUAGUUACAUAAUUUGUUCAGUAAAAACCAUUCCCGUAUCUUCAGGAACGCAGCAUCUCUGUGGCUCAGAGGAGACAUGAUCGCAUGUUGUCUUUUGAUUGGGAGCAUUUAAUGUAAAAACUAUGCACCCGGCACCGUGGUUCCCUGUAUAUGUGAAAAUGUGUGGCACUGUAUUCUUAGGAUGAGAGCUUAAACAAAGCUCCUGUCUGCCCUGCAUUGGCAUUAAAAGUCCCCGGCACUUCUUGUAAGAGUAGGUGUUUGCCCUGGUGUCCAAAAUUCCCUAACUGUGGGGCAACAUACUGUUCUGGGUUUCUUGUCAUCCAGCCCAGAGGUGGCUGCUUUUCUGCAUUGCUAUAGUUGAAGCAGUUUGGGGAUCCCUCAGGAUGGAAGGCUUUCUCAUAUUUCUAGGCAGGAUACCAAUAAUCUUUGUGCUCCUACUCCUCUUGACUGUGUGUGUAGCUAAUAGCAGCCCAGAGAGGGGGUGCGUUGUGGAAGAGAAAGGAAUUUGAUUUGCAUCCCAUUCAAGGCAAGGAGUGGCAGCCAGCAGAAUGCACUGAACAUACACUCCUGGAGAGACUGAUGCUGAGAGGGUGCAUCAGGUGAUGCAAUAUCUGGAACUUUGAGCCCAAGGACAGCAGCAGUAUUUCAGAGAAUCUGAAGAGGAGGAGAAGGCCCACUGAUCAAGAUAAGAGUGAGGAAAGGCUGUGGGCCCGCCGGCAGGAUAAUCAAGCCAAGAGAUGGACCUGUCCCACCGAUUUUCCAGGCGAGAGCUCAAUCUCUUGUACGAGGAGGUUCUCUACACCAUCCUGUACCGCCAGGGCAAGCCCGAACCCGCCUAUGAUGCCAACACAGAUGAAUUGUACGAGUAUGUGCAAAAGGCCUUCAGCAUGGACCCAGAGGAGCAUCGCGUUAUACUGCAGCGAGUCAGAGAGUUGGAGAAACCAGUUUUUUGUCUGAAAGUGACUGUGAAGCAAGCCAAAGACAUUCUGGGUAAAGAUGUCACUGGGUUCAGCGACCCAUACUGCCUGCUGGGGAUAGAAUCAAAGAGCCAGGAACCUUCCAGCGACAGCAGCUCCCAUCCGGAGAGCAAGAAGCCAUUAAAGGCUGUGGUGAAGGACAUGAUCCCCGAAGACCAGACACACCGCACCCAAGUCAUAAAUCAAACUCUCACUCCUGUGUGGAAUGAGACAUUUAUAAUGGAGUUUAAUGAUGAAGCAAAUUCCAGCUUCCAUCUGGACAUGUGGGACUUGGACGUGGAGGAAUCCAUGCGGCAUAAGCUGGGAGGGCUGACAGAUCUCCAUGGCCUGAAGAGGAUGUUUAAGGAUGCUCGGAAAGACAAAGGGCAGGAUGACUUCCUUGGGAACUUGGUUCUUCGCUUGCAGGACCUGCAUUGCAGGACUGACGAAUGGUACAACCUGGAGCCCCGGACAGAAACCUACCCCAACCGGGGGCAGUGCCACUUACAGUUCCUGAUGACUCACAAGAAGAGGGCCACCUCUUUGAGCAAGACCCAGCCGAGUUACACCGUCCAUCGCCACCUGUUGCAGCAGAUAGUGCUCUAUGAGAUCCUGCAGCACCAGGCUGGGAGUACUUCCUGGGAUGGGGAGCUGAGUAAACAUGCCAGAAUGAUCCUGUACCUGCACGCAGCUCAGAAAGACCUGUCUGACUUUCACCAGGUCAUGGCCCAGUGGCUGGCUUACAGCAAACUCUACCAGAGCUUAGAGUUUAACUGCACCUGCCUGCUCCACCAGAUCACCAGCAUCGAGUACCAGUGGAUCCAGGAGAGGCUGCGAUCUGAGCAGAAAGCAGAGCUGGCCGAAUCUUUCCAGUCCUUGCUGGCCUAUGGAAUCUCUCUCCUCCAGAAGUACCGCAUCGUCUUCCCUCUCUCUGCCCCUGAGUCCACAAACAGGCUACAGUUACUGCUCAGGGUCCUGGUCCAGAUGUGUAAAAUGAAAGCCUUCCAAGAACUUUGUACUCUGACCCCUAACCUUCAGCAGAUGGUGAUGGAGGCUCUCAAGUCAGGAACCACUGAAUGGUUUCGUAUGCAGAAGCAGCACCUGAAGCCAAUGGUAAAGACCAUGGAGGAGAAUGGGAAAGCACUGGUCAAGCUUCUCGUGGAGGUGAACGGGGAUCUCAAACAAUGCCACAAAAUCUGGAACAAAUUUUUCACCAACACUGUGAAUGUGGAUCUCUUCUUCAUUACCUACCUGGAGCUGCAGAAGCUGGUGUCAUGUCAUGUCAGGGAAGAGCUGAGUGAGAUUGACAGCAGCAUGUCCCAACUCACAGCAGAGAGCCUUUUCCAGCUCUACAUAAGCCUGCAGGAGCUUUAUCGGAUGAAGAGCUUCCUGUUCAAGAGGGAUGGCCCCCUUGCUCUGACUGACUUCCACCAGUGGUUUAAGGAAGCCAUCCCCAAGUGGCUCCAGAAGACCUACAUGAUAGCACUGGAGAGGACCCAGAGAGCGAUCCAGGUGGACCAGCUGAUGCCCCUGGGGGAGCUGAAUAAACACAGCACGUCCACUGUUGACCUGUCCACGUGCUAUGCUCAGAUUGUUAAAACCUGGCAGCAGCUGGACUGGCCGGACCCAGAGGAAGCCUUCAUGAUCAUGGUGAAGUUUGUUGAGGACAUGUGUAAAAUCGCUCUGGCAUACUGCAAGCUGAUCAAGAGCCGGGCGGAUGAGCUGUCGUCGAAGCAGCAGGACGAGGGGGAUGCAGCCAACAGGCUCUGCAUUGUGGUGAACAACGUGAAGCAGCUGCGGCUGCUGAUCUUGAAGCUGCCGAAGCAGCUGGAGUGGGGGCACCUGGAGCAGCGAAUGAAGGACAUCAUUGAGCCGGAGCAGUUCCAGCACACCCUGCACAACCAGCUGCAGGGCACCAUCACCUGCCUCGACCACGAGAUCAGAGACGUGGUGCAGAACCUGGCAAAAAAACUGGAUGCCGGGAUCUCCAGGCACAUCCAGAAUCUGGCGGCCUGCAGUGACUCUCAGGAUCCAGAAGAUUCCAUCAUUCCCCUAAUGAAGUUCCUGGAGUCGGAGCUGCAGUACAUGAACGAGCAUCUGGUCCAGGAGAACUUUAAAUGCCUCCUGGAGCUGCUCUGGAACCACACCCUGAAUGAACUGACAGUUGCAGCUAACCAGCUGCAAAACUCCUCCAGGUACUACAGGAAGCUGCAGUUCGCCUUGCAGAACCUGGAGCUCUGCUUUCAUGCUGAGGGCUGCGGGCUGCCAACGGACGCCCUGCACACGCCAGCAUUUAUGGAUUUGGAGGAAGGGCUGAAGCUCCGCUCCGCCACGAGCAGAAAACUCAUCCAGAGCUACUUCAGCGGGAGAAUCCAAGAGCAGCUGGAGACCAGCUCUGAGAAGUACGGUGCAGUGACCAUUAAAGCACUUUACCGCCCCUCGGAACAAAAGCUCCGUGUUGAAGUGCUCAACGCUGUCAACCUCAUCCCGCUGGACUCAAACGGCUCCAGCGACCCCUUUGUCCAGCUGACCCUGGAGCCGCGACACGAGUUCCCCGAGGUGGUGGCACGCACGACCCAGUGCCGGAAGAACGAGCUCCACCCGCUGUUUGACGAGGCCUUUGAAUUUCUGGUCCCUCCCGAGAAAUGCAGGCAGCACGGCGCCUGCCUGCUGCUCACAGUGUUAGACCACGACACGGUGGGAGCCAACGAGCUGGAAGGAGAAGCCUUUUUCCCCCUCGGCGACGUGCCGGGGCUGGCCGGAGACGAGGACGCAGCUGACCCAGCCCAGGUGUCCCAGACCCGAUUGCCGCUGAUGCACCCCAAACCCACUGGAGACCCACUCCUGAAGCUGCUGGAGUCCCGGAAAGGGGACAAGGAGGCACAGGCCUUUGUGAAGCUGCGCAAGCAACGGGCGAAGCAGUCCAAGGAGAGUGUGUGAUGGCAACCAGGCAGGAACCGGGCCAGAGCGGAGCAGGCCUCAGCCCUGAGGUAGCAGGGCCCAAACCACUACCAGUUGCAAAGAACUCCAUCCAAUCCCAGCCCCCUUGGCAGCGACGGCGCCCGCGGAGGAGGCCCCCAGGGGGUGAAGCUAGGCUGAGGCAGUCUCCAGUCCCAGCUGUGUGUGGAAUUGACCCAGCUUCAGGCUGAGGACGGGGGAGCUCUGUGCUGCUUCCCAUCCCAACCCAGCAUCAGCAGCCUUGGCUAGUCAGCGGCAGCCUGUCAGGUGCCAGCAGGGUGUGCGACAUGCCCCGGCUGUGAUCCCCGCGGGCCAUGCUGUACGCCGCUCUCCAGAUGGUGCAGGAGCAGAAAAUGGGGGGAGGCCAAAAAAAGCUGCAACCAAAGCCACUGGGGAUGGGGGGGGACGGGGGAGGAGGGUUGAAAUCUAUCCAGCUGGCCCUGCUGGAGCAGCAGCAGCUGUUCCCUCCUGCUCUAGGAGUUGCUGUCGAAGCAGAACAGAGCGUCCGAGACUUCACGAGCGCUGGAGGGAGCAGAGCUGAAAGGGUGGGAAGGGGGGAGCUGCUGUCAAGGGUAAGCGCAGGACUCUGUCCCCGUGCAGCAGGCACAGAGGGUGCUGUGCCAGAGAAUUCAUCAAAUGCAGGACCCAUGAGUGCAGCUCUGGGCAAGGGCUGGGCCCUCGGCUUGGGGCCAGGGCCUGGGAGGUCUGUGGUCUGCUCAGCUGCUGCAGCGGGUGCCCUUUGCCUUAAAGGGACUGGACCCACGCCGCCUUCUCUCCAAUGUUUUAGUUACUGUUACAAAUAACUAAACUUCUCAGAGUGGAAAUACUCGGGGAGGGGGGCCGGGGGGAGUGUUGCUCUCGUUAAAUAGCUUCCCCUCUCUGCUACAAGGAAAAGUAGGUACCACACUGAGCUAUGUGCCAACCCCCCCAUCCCCACCUCCUCCCCCAGUCAGUGUCCUGGUUCCUUGCUGUAGCGUAGCUGGGACUUAGUGUGUGUGUAAAACGCCUGUCCAAGAACACCGGGUGGGGCCAGCCUGCUCUGCAGCAGGAAGGGAGCAGGUUGGAAUGGGGCCAGAGACCCAUGAUUAGAAUGGGGUCAGAAGAGCAGAUUAUAUGGGUAGAGCAGAGGCGCUCGCUUACCCUUAUCCACAGCGUUUCCAGUUCCACCCUGCCGCUCGGCUCUUCUGAACUCAGCUCCAAGCCCCCAAGGCCAUAGCUACGGCUCGGCAGGGACCGGUGGAGCCCAGGCACACAGAUAAAUACAACAGCAUCCCGGUCCGCCAGGGGCUGCUGCACGAUUCUUGGUGCCCUCCUCCCUCUCGGUAAUCAGCAGGGACACCGCCGGCACGCUAGUGCAUGCGAGGGCUGUUUGACCUGUCCGCCUGGAACGCCACAGCAGCACUGGCCGGUAUGGCUGAGGGGCUGGGGGGAGCGUGCUCUGGUCUCUGGGGAGGCUUGGGCACAUGUUAUAGUAAAGAGAGCCAGGGCCACCCACCCACACCUUGCUGGGGGCGGCUGCGCUUCUGAUUCUACUGCCGAGCAACGGCAGCUGGUCUGCAGCCACAAGGGAAACCCCUCCCACCCGAGCCCCAGCCAGCUGACUUCCCACUAAGGCCUUCCAUUGUGGCUCUGAUCCUGGACCACUGUCUCAGGGUCUCAGCUCACAAUUGACUUUCCUGGUAUUCGCCCCAUGACAGAGAUUGCGGUGCUGACUUGCCCUGAGUCUCUACAGCAAGAGGCUGGGUAGGGCGGUGACAGCACCCACCAGAGACGAUGCGACUCCCUGAGCCUUCACCCAGAGGCGAAAGUAACAUUCCACCCUUAUCGGUAUUGGCAGCCGGCUCUGGGCCCAGCUGAAGGCGGUGGGGCCUCGGGCAGAAGGGGGCAGAGCUGGGGAGUCAGCGUCCCCCAGCCAGCCCAUCCACGCUGUGGGGCCCACGCUGCGCAGGGCUCCGGCGGCAAUCUAAAGGGCCUGUGGCUCCGGCCGCUGCUGCGGUAGCAGCAGCUGGGAGCCCCGGGCCCUUUUAAAUCGCCAGCCCUAGGGCAGCUGCUGCUUUUGAGCCCCCCUUAUCGGUGGCCUGGGAGCGGUGGGAAGGGGCAACGAUGUUAAAAAGAGGAUCCUUUGCCGCGGCUGCGCUUUAACAUCGGCUGCCUCCAGGCCGGAACCUGUGGCCAGUUUUUACCAGUGCACCGUACUGGCCUGUAGCGGCCCACUUUCACCCCGUGAUAGCAUGCAGUUGGGUCAACGCCAGAGGGACCGAGAGGUGGGCUGAGGAGUCGUAAUGCCCCACAUUCACUAUGCCUCUGCUCCCAUUUUGUACCGUGAGGCUAGCACUGCCUGGCAGGGUGUGGUGCUCCACGUGCUCAGUGUUGUCACUCCAGCCAUGGCCCAGGCGUAAGUCCCUGCAUCAACGUGGCUUUGGGCAGCUCCAUUCUGUACUCGCUAGGGAAGUGGGGAGCUCCAACUAAGCCAACUUUAAGGUUCUCACAAAUAAGCUAUUCUUAUUUAAAACAAAGUUACAGCCCUUUAAAAGCUAACCCCCUGCUGUACAGUAACUGAUGCAAGUACUGUGAGGGACUAAGUUUGUGAUUGCAGGUCAAUGGGUCAAAAAAAGUAAAAGCAAUAAAGAGGAAACAGCCUCCA